AUGAAUGAUAAUAAUGAAGAAUCAGUAUUUGUAAUCGAUGACGAUAGAGACAAUAUUAUACAGCAUCAAUCUACUAUAGGAUUAUCGUCUAGUAUUGGUAGUAUUGACAACUCUACUACCUCUAAUCUCAAAGUAUAUCAUAGUAGAGAUGACAAAUUCCCACCAUCAAUCAAGUUUAUCAUUGGUAAUGAAAUAUGCGAGAGAUACACAUUUUAUGCAAUUAGAUCAAUCCUCGUUAUCUACCUCUUAAACUUUUAUGGUUAUAGUGGUGAUACUGCAACUUCUAUACUUCAUUCAUUCAACUUUGGUUCUUAUUUCUUACCAUUACUUGGAGCAUAUCUGGCAGAUGGAAUAUUUGUGUAUUGUGUUGGAUGUAUAUUCUUGGGGAUGAGUGCUUUACCGAGACUGGUUGGUGAUGAUGUUGAAACGAGAUCUCCAUGGGCACUGAUAGUUGGUUUAUUACUUUUGGCAACGGGUACUGGUGGUAUCAAACCUGUCAUUUCAACGUUUUGUGGUGACCAGUUGGAUGCCAAACGACAAGCAUCGUUGGUUGAAAAGAUGUACAAGAUCUUUUAUUGGAGUAUUAAUGUCGGUGGAUCGGUAUCGACGUUUUUAUCUCCCGUCUUUAGAGAACAUCUAGGAUACGGUUUUGCAUUUGGUAUUCCAUGUCUAUUCAUGUUUACUGCCACCAUCUUUUUUGUAAUGGGUUCUAAACUCUACAGAAAGAGACCUAUUACUGGUAGUAUUCUCAUUACAACAUUUGGUAUUAUUGGUAGAGGAUUAUGGGAACGAAUCAAAACACUAUGUGGACGAUCUUCACAAGGCGAGUCAUACUAUAAUGGACAUUGGCUCGACCGUUCAAAAUCACAUUAUGACAAUCAUGCAGUCGAGUCUGUUAAAGCAUCUCUAAGUGUUUUAGUUUGUUUUAUCCCCCUACCAUUCUUUUGGGCUUUAAAUGAUCAAUCUUCAUCAAGAUGGACACUUCAAGCAACACAAAUGAAUUUAAAUAUAGCUGGUAGUUUUUCAAUUCAACCUGAUCAAAUUCAAGCUCUCAAUCCUAUUAUUGUACUUUCCAUCAUUCCACUUUCAGAGAUAUUAAUUUAUCGUCCUUUAAAAAAAAGAGGUAUACCAUUUGGCCCAUUAAAAAGAAUGGGAGUUGGUAUAUUUAUAGCAGUAUUUUCAUUUAUUGCAUGUGCAUUAUUACAAAUUCAUAUUGACAAGAGUGAAGCCAAUAGUGUACCAGUAUUACUUCAAAUACCACAAUACUUUAUAUUGGCGGUUGCCGAAAUAUUCAUAUCGAUUCCAGGAUUGGAAUUUGCCUAUUCACAUGCACCUGCAUCACACAAAAGUUUAAUCAUGAGUGGAUGGUUAUUGUCCAUCUCUGUUGGCAACAUUUUUGUUGUUUUCGUGGUCGAUGCCAUCAAACUAACCGUACAAUGGCACGAAUAUAUAUUAUUUGCAGGGUGUAUGUUAAUAUUUGGGUUUAUAUUUAUAUUUAUUGCUUAUCGAUUUAAAGCACCUGAUUCAUCAAUUGUUAAUUAUCAGGCCGACCAAGACCAACACGACGAUGACGAAAAUGAAAUCCAAUUGGAAGCAUUUGGUGAAUCAACAACGACAAGUAUUGCUCAACUACAAGAUGAAGAUGAUAUAACAAAUCAUUCAAUACUUUCAGAUUCAUCGUCAGAUACUAAUAUUUUUCAUUUUCAAUUUUCAAUUAAAUUAGAAAAGAGAUAUGUAUUUAGAAAUCAAUAUUUAGUAAAGAUUAUUGGUAGAGAGAUUAGAGAGAUUAACAAGACAUAUCAUGACAAUAAUAAUAUUGUAUCAUCUUAUAGAUUUGAUCAAAUACCAUGUUUGAAAUGGGUUGUAGAGAAUGAUACAGGUAAUCUAUUACAUGAUCUAUGCAAGAGAUCAAUAAAAGGUCAAAUAUCAUAUCUAUCAAGACUACAAGUUAAACGAGCAACACUUAAUAUGAUUGUGGCUAUUUGUUCACCUCAUACAUACCAUAGAUCAAUUAAAUUCAAGAUGGAUACAUUUGAAAAGAUAUUUACAUACUAUCAAUCUGCAUUUGAACAAGAACACUUUGCAGUUGAUAGUGCUGUACUAUCUGGUAACACCGAAUUGAUUACAUACCUAUUACAAAAAGGUGUACCAUUCACAACCAACUCAUUUGAUAAUGCUUGUUCAAUUGGUAGAUUAGAUAUCAUUCAAUUAUUAUUAAAUCAUAAAUCAAAUAAUAUAUUUAUUGAUGAAAUACAAUUUACAAAUCAUUCAUAUGAUGUUGCAGCUACAAACGGUCAUAUAAAUGUAUUAUAUUAUUUGGAUCAAUUAAAAGAAGAGUAUGAUAAAAAGGGACAAUAUCAUAUGAUAGAGUUUACAGUAGCUGCUAUGGAUGGUGCAACAAAAAAUCAGCAUUGGAAUAUAGUCAAUCACAUGUUGAAACGAUAUGGACAAAAGAUCAAGUCUGACCGACCGACGUCUUUUCCACCUUCUGAUCAUGAUCUAAAUCUUCCACUAUUUUCAAAUGAAUCAUUAAAAUGGAGUGUUUGUUAUGGAAACAUAGAAAUGUUGGAAACAUUGAUAGGUUUUGAAAGUCCUGACAAGAAUAAUACUAGAUGGUUGGAUGAAGGAUUAAAUAUGGCAGCUUCACUUGGUCAUUUAAAGAUGAUUAAAUGGGUUCAAAAGAAGAGUUGGUCAUUUGGGAUAUUACCAUUACGCAUGUUGGAAGAGGCUGUUAAAUCAAGUCAUGUCAAUGUGAUUAAAUUCUUGUUGGCUUCCAAGAAUUUUGCAAAGUUUGGGUCCUCACUUAAAAGGCUUGAUCUCCCAGGCCCAUUGUUUGCAGCUACCAUCAAUGGACGACUAGAUAUUUUGGAGCUGUUGAUAAAGACAUAUAUUAAGAACCACGCACCUCUUGAUAGAAGAGGUACACCAGUCCACUUUACAGGUAUGGUAGGGUUGGCUUGUUCAAAUGGUCAUCUUCACAUAUUGGUAUGGUUACUUGAUAGGUUUGUGGGUGCUGACGUUCCACGUGAAUGUCUUGUACAGACUGCAUGUCGUGCUGGUAAACUCGAAAUAUUAAAGUAUUUGGUCGAACAGAGACGUUUCAAACUCACAUCAGACGAUCUAGAAGAUUGUGUAGGUGAAGGUCAUUUAGAGUGCAUAGACUAUAUCCUCACCACACAAAAUGUAAUGGUAUCAAGAAGAUCUAUUAAAUUUGCGUGUAUGGGAGGAAAUGACCAGGUGUUGAAACGUCUCAUUGAUGCUAUUACGGUACAGAGAACAAGUCGUGAUGACUUGAUAGAUUUUGCCAUUCAAUUCCUUGAUUGUGCCAUUACAGCCGGUUCAUUAAAGUGCAUACAUUUAUUAGAGUCAAAUAUAAAGGUUGAAAGUGAUCGAUUGGUCACUGUACAACAACUCAAAUUGGCUAUUUAUUGUGGAUCAAUUCUGAUUGCAAAGUACUUGGUAGAAACAUACCCCCAUCUUUUAGAGAUACCAUCAACAUCAUCUAUAGCCGAACAAUUGGAUAUUACAGAAACAGUCAAUUCAAAACGACACAGUAUGGUAGAUUAUAUACUUGGAUUAAAAGCAAACAAGUUUGUUGAGGAACUUGGUAAAACGAUUGAAUUGGAGCAAUCUAGAUUUCAAGUAUCACACGAUGCCAUUGAAGCGGCAGUACAUAACUUGGAUUCACAAAUGAUUGAUAUAUUCAUUUACCACCGACCCAAUAUGCAUAUCCCCAGUCCAAACACACUUCUCACCUAUGGAUAUAUUGAUCUAUAUGACCGAGUAGUUUUAUGGAACAAGGAAAUCAAUUACAUUGAAGAACAAGAUUGUCUUUGGUAUUGUUGUGCCAUUUUGGCUGGUAAUAUUGACCUCUUAGAGUAUCUUGUCAAGGAGAGAGGAUUCUCUAUUCCAGUGUCAUCACCAUGUUCAAGUGUUGGAUGGUCAAAACAAAUACAAACUAGAAUUGGACCUAGUAUACGAUCGGUGGUGUAUCUAGACUCACCUGAAUACUCUUCAUUCAAGGAAUUACAUUAUCAAGAAUCUAUACAAUUUGAAUGUGUCGCCAAUGACAAUUACUCGGUCAUUGUCAAUUGUAAGGCACCCACACUUCAAAGUAGAGCCAUCUUGGAGGCUGGUCGAAACGCCAAUCUAACCCUACUCAGACACAUGCUUUCCAAAUCGACUCCACAUGGAUUCAAAGAAAAUAUAACCUAUCAUUUAAAGAUAUUCACAAAUUAUUCUAUUUUUUAUUUCUUACAUGAUUUGAUUUCAAUCAAUCAAUCAAUUAAAUUAAUUAAUAAUAAUAAUUAA